AUGAAUGUAGAAUCCAACUCCUCGUACGUCGCCACCGAGGCUUUGAAUAUACGAUUCUGCGGAGGAAGAGACCCGGAUCGCCCUACCAUGGCCCGCACGCCCUUCUGGGAGAUGCGGCCACGAUGCAAUUUCCCGAAAGCGAUAACGCGUCAGGAGGUAUGGGCAAAGCCGAAUACCAAAAAGUCAGACCAGGAUAGAGACAUGUACCCUUUCUUCUACGAGUGCUUGUUGCUUCCUCUAGUAUCAUAUACCGAGGAGCCCGUUGUAAAUAUCCACUUUGACUUGGAGCCCGGUCGUCGACGGACUUCUUAUUACCGCCACCCCCCCGUCCAGAAUGGUCUACAUAGGCAAAGACACUAUCUUGGCCACAGGGCCCUAUUCGACUUCGCACACCACUGUUUUGAGCUCCACUCGAUAGGCGACGACUACUUCGGGUACGCACGCUCGGGCGACUUUGAGCGCGUCAUGGAGCGCCUGGAGUUCUUCACGGAGGACACCGAGUCCUUCUUGAGAAACCCCAAGUGCCAAGAGUCGGACCAGCUGCGGGCAUACUUGAGAAGGAUACGGCAAGCACCGGUUUGCAAUCCUUUCGCUGGCCCGCAGGAGAGAAACCCGUUCGACAUAAAUGAGGAGGAACAAGUGACAAACGAGUUGUUCGUCUGGAGAUGCUACGGGGAGGACGAUGCUAUGAGGGAGAAGCUCAUCGGAUGGGCUAUGGAGGAAGAGGACGUUUGA